AUGUCUCACGCUGCCCCUGCUUCGCCGAGGCAGAUGCCCGCAGAUCAGAUGAUCAAACCCCCCCAAAAAAAUGCUGUCCACAGAUACCAGUUCCCAGAACAUGAAGGAGCCACCCCAGUCCGACCCCGUCAAGCCUUCUCACCCGCCCUCUGGCUCACCGCUUCCAUCUUAUUACUGGUACUCGGCGCUGUCCUCGCCACUUCUUUUGCCUGCCCUCUCCGAUUCCCUCCCCUGUCAUCGCCAGAAUCUAUUGAGCCUACCGCGCCAUGGUGCAGAACUCGCAAUGAGCUGGUGCAGCCUGUCCUUUAUACAGUCAAGACCACUCCCGCCCCCUUGCUGGUCCCCCGCGAGGCCCAACCCGCCGCCAAUCUCCUAAAGCCCUUUGUCCUGACCAUCCUUGGGCUCUGCAUUGAAUAUGCUCCCGCGAAGCUCGCAUCUUCGCUCUCAGCUCUUGGCCAAGCCUGUAUAUCCAUCCUUGGCCCUGCGGAGGCUUCACGGGUGUGUUUGGGGGAGUCUUCCGGCGAAGGCUCCGCCGACAAAGACUCAGCCAACAAAUCUCGGAAAUCCGGCCCCAACGCCGAGUACCAAGUCGCCCCAGGCACAACCCCAAUCACCGUACCGAUCCAUGCCAGCCUCCACCCGCCACCCUCCUUGCCCAGACCCUUCUUUUCUGCCGCGGCGCCUCUGUGUCCGGCACGGUGGGCAAACGGGCUAUUGCUUGCACCCUCCGGGCCUCCGUUGAAGUACACAUGCAAAAACAAUCCUAUUAUCUUGGAAUGA